CCAGAUGUCCCAUAAUCCUUUUCGGAAAGAAUAGCUCCGUUAGCCUCGAACCACGGGAGCUCCCGCAGUGAACCGGUGUCUAAUUUAGCCUGCUAAUUCUCCCGGAAUCGGUCCUUUUGCUGCAUUUAAUGGGUUUUUUACGAGGAUAAUCAGCCGUGUUAGCCGUGUCCUCUUUUUAACGGAAUACUUGACUGAAGGCGGUCUCCUCCAGGAAUGUCUUACCCGCCUCCGAUGAACCGGCCGCAGGUCGGCCUCCCCCAGCUUCCCCCAGGGAUCCCCCCGCCGCAGUACGGAGGCUUCGCCCCUCCAGUUCCACCAGGUACUCCCAUGAUCCCAGUUCACAUGGGCGUAGUGGCCCCCGCGCCCACAGUUCUGGUUCCAACUGCGGUCACCAUUACCCAGAAGCCCAUAGCUGCAAAGAAGGAGCACGGCAUGGGGCGGGCCAGGGAUGCGGACGACGGCGCGGGCCCCACCACCACCGUGUUUGUGGGGAACAUCUCAGAAAAGGCCUCCGACAUGUUGGUCAGGCAGCUGCUGGCUAAAUGUGGGAUUGUUCUCAGCUGGAAGCGAGUCCAAGGUGCUUCUGGGAAACUUCAAGCCUUCGGUUUCUGCGAGUACAAGGAGCCGGAAUCGACACUCCGAGCGCUCCGGCUUCUGCACGAGCUCCUCUUAGGGGACAAGAAGCUGCUGGUGAAGGUGGACGCCAAGACCAAGGCUCAGCUGGAGGAGUGGAAGGCCAAGAGGAGGAGCGCCAACGGGGAGACCGGCGAUGGGUUGAAAAAGCCAGAUGAAGAUGAGGAGGAGGUCCUCGACGAAGAAACUCUGCGGCGGGACCAGGUGGCGAACGGCGCCAUCGAAGUCCUCCUCAAAGAGUACUCGAGCGAGCUGAACGCCCCUUCCCAGGACGCCGACAGUCAGCCGCGCAACAAGAAACGCAAGGAGAAGAAAGAGGAGGAGGACAUCAACGCCAUGGAGAUGGAGGACGACAAACGAGACCUGAUCUCCAGAGAGAUCAGCAAAUUCCGCGACACGCACAAGAAACUGGAAGAAGAAAAAGGAAAGAAGGAAAAGGAGCGUCAGGAGCUGGAGAAGGAGAGGAGGGAGAGGGACAAAGAAAGGGAGCGCGAGAGGGAACGCCGCGACCGCGAGAAGGAGAAGGAGCGCGAGAGGGAGCGGGACAAGGAGCGCGAGAGGGAGCGGGAGCGCGACCGGGAGCGUGAGAGGACGAAGGAGCGGGAGCGGGAGCGGGACAGGAGCCGGGACGUCAGCGAGGCUCGCAGCCGCUCCAGGGAGAGGACAAGAGAAGAAAGGAAACGUGAGCGUGAUGAAGACGAGGAAGAUGUGUACGAAAGGCGGAGGCUGGAGAGGAGGCUCAGAGACAAAGAAGCUGCUUACCAAGAACGUUUAAAAAACUGGGAGAUCCGCGAGAGGAAGAAGGCUCGGGACUACAACAAAGACGCAGAGCGGGAGGAGGAGCGGCGGCGGGAGACUAUGAAAGAAGCCAAAAGGUUGAAGGAGUUCCUGGAGGACUACGACGACGAAAGGGACGACCUGAAAUACUACAGGGGCAGCGCUUUCCAGAAGCGACUCCGGGAUCGAGAGAAGGAGAUCGAGAUGGACGAGCGGGACCGGAAGAGAGAAAAGGAGGAGCUGGAGGAGAUCCGACAGAGGCUCCUGGCCGAGGGUCACCCGGACCCGGAUGCUGAGCUGCAGCGGAUGGAGGAGGAGGCUGAGCGCAGACGACAGCCCCCUCCCCUCAAACUCGAACCAGAGGAGCACGUGACCCAGGAGAAGUGUCGCCGGGAUCGGGACCGAGAUCGGGACCGAGACCGGGACCGGGUUCGGGAAAAGGAGAGGGAACGGGAACGGGAACGAGAACGAGAACGAGAACGAGAACGGGAGAAGAGAGCGACUCAGAGACCCAUAGAGCCGGCCCCCCCAGUGCCCCCUCCGCAUUCGGAUAACGACGGGGAGAACGGGGAGGAGGACAUCUUCCGUGACGACGAGGCCUCACAAGAGGCCAAGCCACAACCAAAACCCGCCAUGCGGCCCAUCACCACCGCCCCCUCCGUGUCCUCUGCCAGCGGGAACGCAACUCCAAACUCCCCCAGCAACGAGUCUCCGUGCGGCAUCAUCAUUCCGGGGGAGAACACCCCCGACCUCCAACCUUUGGACGAGCACCGGCCCAAGAUCGGCCUCAGUCUCAAGCUGGGAGCCACAAACAGCCCGGCUCAGCUCAACGCCGUUAAGCGGAAGAAGCUGGCGCCCGUCGACAGCGUUUUCAACAAGUUUGACGACGACGAAGCCGACGAGCAGCCGCGCAAGCGGAAGCUGGUCCCUCUGGACUACGGCGACGACGACAAGAGCCUGGGCCUGGACGGCGCCGAGAUGUCCGCGCCCAAAGGCAGCGUCAACACCGAGGAGAAACGCAAACACAUAAAGAGCCUGAUCGAGAAGAUCCCCACGGCACGGCCCGAGCUCUUCUCCUACCCGCUGGACUGGGCCAUGGUGGACUCGAUUCUGAUGGACCGCCGCAUAAGGCCGUGGAUCAACAAGAAGAUCAUCGAGUACAUCGGGGAGGAGGAGCCGACGCUAGUUGAUUUUGUCUGUUCUAAGGUAAUGGCACACAGCACUCCUCAGGGCAUCCUUGAUGACGUUGCCAUGGUCCUCGACGAAGAAGCAGAAGUCUUCAUAGUAAAAAUGUGGAGGCUGCUGAUUUAUGAAACGGAAGCAAAGAAGAUCGGACUGGUGAAGUGAUGGCCGCCUCUUCUGAGCUCCGUUUAGCAGAUUUCUGGUCCAACAGACUGUAAACAUGCGCUUAAACACGCCUCCAUUCCAUCAGCAAGGAGCUGCUGCCGUGUGUGCGUCUCUGAAUGUGUGUUUGUGUGGGAAACCGCAGCACACACGCGCUGCAUGGUCAACGUUGGGUUGUAUUUCUUCCUUCUCUGUUCAUUUUUCACACGUCUCUUCUCUGAAUCAUUGGAAGCAUUCUGCUUUGAGUUAAUGGUGUUAUGUGGAGGCACUGCUCUGAUGUCUGAACCAAUAAAAAGGCCUUUUUCUAAAAAAAAGAUGA